AUGGGCCAGCAGCUGGGCCUGAUGCGCUCCUACGGCGCUGCUCUGCAGACCCCAGGCCGCCGCAGCUACAUGAAGAGCAUUCUGGUCGAGCCCUGGCUCCAGGCCCCUCCCCCACCACCAACCACCAACACCGUGUCCGCCGCCGUGCCCCCCACCGUCCCCCCAACAGAAGACCGCCCCAAGACGCUCUCUCUGCGCCAGGGCCUGCUGCACGGCUACCGCCCGGACAUCCGCACCAACGGCAGCGGCCGCGAAGCCAACGCCGCCCUGACCCUGGCCCCGCAUCAGAAGAUCUGCUACUACCCGGGCAAGCUGCACGGCGGAUACCAGGCCUUCCUGAUGGACCAGCUGUUCGCCGACUGCUGCUCGCCGGCCCUGACGGCCAACCUCAGCAUCGACUACAUGCGGCCCAUUGUCCCCGAGACCACUCUGCUGCUGGAUGUGUGGCCGGCUAAGAUCGAGGGCCGCAAGAUCUUUAUGGAGGGCUCGAUUAUGGUCCCUGAGGAGACGACUGGCGAGAUGGUGCCUGCUGCUAAAGCGAAGGCGCUGUUUAUUCUUCCCAAGAACAAGGUUGUCUAA